AUGGCGCCCGCCGGCGCAAUUCGCACUGUCAUGGGGAUCAUCGGAAAUGUGAUCGCUUUCGGCCUCUUCCUGUCCCCUGCGCCAACCUUCCGGAGUAUCGUCAAGAACCACACCACGGGCGACUUCUCGGGAGCCCCUUACGUCGCGACGCUCUUCAACUGCUUGCUCUGGGUGCUCUACGGCCUUCCCUUCGUUACUUCCAACAGCGUCCUCGUGAUCACGAUCAAUACAAUCGGCUGUGUGAUCGAGAGCGUCUAUCUGGGGAUCUUCCUCUUCUACGCCUCCAAGAGAAUCGAGAAGGCCAGAGUAGCCGGGAUGAUCAGCAUCGUCUUGACGGUUUACUUGGGGAUUUUUUUGGCUGUUUUCAUGGCUUCCAAGGACCAUCACACACGCCAGAAGUUUGCUGGGAUUUGCUGCGCUGUAGUCACCAUUGCAAUGUAUGCUUCUCCUCUUUCCAUCAUGGUAAGUCUGGACUUUGAUCGAGUUCCAUCAACUUUACUUCGAUUUGUUUCGUCCAGAGAACAGUGA